UCUCUGUGGCAAAAAGGUGGCAAACAUUCGAAAUAUUUUAUGUUUAUCUAAAAUUUUUAUAUGUAUUUCAAUAUAAUUUCAAUGUAUGUGUUUUGCGAUUUCAAUAGUAUUAAAAGAAUAUAUAAAUAAGAGUUUUGCGUGUUACGCUUUCAUUUUUCUGUAAGGAAAGGCCUUUAAAAAUGGAAGAAUCGCGAGUUGAGAAAUUAAUUCACCAGAUUAAUUCCAGAAACGCCAAAAAAGUAGCUCUUCUAUUAGUAUUGGGAUUUUCUGUAUAUCAUGUACUUAUACACUUGAAAUAUGGAAGUAAUUCAUGUCACUGGUUGUUAUCUGAUGGGAGAUAUAAAGGAGAUAAGCAAUGGCAACCUUACGGUUGCAUGCUACAUUUGUAUACAGCAAUUGAUACUAGAAGAUGCUUGAGGUACAUUGCUUAUUAUGGCUUACAAACGCACUUUGUUUUUAUUGGUGAUGAAAGAAUCAGACAGCUGUAUCUGGGAUUAGCUAAACAUUUAGCCCAACAUGAAGAAUCAACCAAAUACCCUAUCGAUCAAAAUUUAUCACACGUUGAUAAUAAUUUAAAUUUUAAAUUAGAUUUUUACUGGUCGCCCGUUGUUUCUAAGGAUAUGAUGGAUAUUUUUCUGAAUUGGGAGGAGUCAGAAAAUCCACCAUCUGUCAUUGUUGCUGGUUCGGCAUUGUGGUCUAUUUUAAAAUCAAAUGAUUCUAUAUCAAUGUUGGAUCAGUACAAAUGCAACAUCACAAGAUUAGUUCAGCCCAUAAGUCAAUUAACUGAAAAGAAUUCAAAGGUCCUGUGGGCGCUUCAAGGUCCAAUUAAUACAGAAAAAUCAGUUACUGACAAAUCAUCAGCUGCAAAUAAUUUAAUAGACUUGUAUAACAAGGCAGCUAUAGAAGUGCUUUCCUAUUCAAAAGCUGAUCUGUGGUGGAGUGCACGCUUAAUUAGUCAAGGAUUGGUACUUGAAAGCCCUGAUGGUAUAUAUUUAGCAGAGAAGUCAUUAAAGCACACUACCCAAAUUUUGCUAAACAUGUAUUGUAACGAUUAUAUGAAUUUUAAUGAUGGAACAUGUUGUAGUUCAAUGGAGACUUGUACAACAUUACAGAUUGUGACGUUUGCGAUUUUAUCUAUAUGUGUGCUCAUAGCGGUAUUUAUGGGUCUUCAAGCCAUUUUCCAAAGGAUUAAAAAUAAAACAGCACAGAAAUAUCAACCGCUUCCUGAUACAGAUUCUUAUCCUCCACCAUCCAAUAUAAACAAUUACAGCACAGUUUUUAAUGCUUUAACAAAACUUUCAUUAAUAAUGGCGUAUUUCUUUAUCUGCGAUAGAACCAAUUUUUUUAUGAAAGAAAAUAAAUAUUAUUCAGAAUUCAGUUUUUGGUUACCUAUUGGUUAUGUUACCGUUUUGGGUUUGUUUUUCACAGAGGAUAGUAAACGGACAAAAAUUUUACAUAAAGAUCAGUUGAAUGAAUGUAAAGGAUGGAUGCAAAUAGUAAUUUUGGUAUAUCACGUUAUUGGAGCAAGUCAGAUUUUGGUAAUUAAAAUACGCAUAAAAGUAUUAAUAUCUGCUUACUUGUUCUUAUUAGGAUACGGAUAUUUUUCAUAUGUAUGGCAUAGAAAUGACAUUAGUAUUGUAAGUUUGUUUAAAACAUUAUUUAAAUUAAAUUUUAUGACAGUUACUUUAUGCCUUUGUAUGAAUCGGCCGUAUCAGUUUUAUUAUUUCGGCCCUUUGUUAUCUUUUUGGUAUCUUAUAACAUACUGUUUUUUGGCGUUCCCACCUUAUAUAACAGCACACCAUUGUGAGAAUAACAUAAAAUACUAUUUUUAUCUACUGAUGAAAUUCAUUUGCUUGUUUAGUAUACUUACGAUCUUUUUGUCCGAAGUCUUUUUUGAAAAAAUAUUCGUGAUGCGACCUUGGAAAGCUUUAUUUGUUACAACCAACGAUGAUAUACGGGAAUGGUGGUUCCGAUGGAAACUAGAUCGAUAUUCAACAAUGUAUGGGAUGGCUUUUAGUGCUCUACUAAUAAUAGGUCAAAAAUACAACAUAAUCGAUGAUAAUAAUCAUUCAAAUUUAUUUUCGAAACGAAUGGCUCUUAGUUUUACGUUAUUAGCAUUUUUAGGAUUAGGAAUUUAUACAACUAUUACGUUUCUAUGUGACAGUGAUUUAGAAUGCGACGAAAUCCAUUUAUAUGUUGCAUUUAUACCUUUUGUUAGUUUUAUAUUUCUCAGAAAUGUUUCAGGAAUUUUAAGAACAAGGUAUUCCACUUUUUUUGCUUGGUUUGGAGAAAUUCAUCUGGAGCUAUUUCUUAGUCAGUAUCACAUCUGGUUGGCCGCUAAUACUCAUGGAGUACUAGUGUUAAUCCCCGGCUUUCCAGUACUAAAUUUAAUAAUAACAACUUACAUAUUUGUCUGCGCAUCUCAUGAAAUGCAUCAUAUUAUAAAAGUCUUAUUACCUUAUGCAGUUCCUGACGAUUGGAAAUUUGUAUUAAGAAAUUUUAUUUUAUUUUUGGCUAUUCUAGUGCCUAUUGGUAUAAAUGAUGGAAUGUUUUAA